UCUCAAACUGUGUUUGCGUGCCGCAUAAAAUUUAAAAAAAAGUGAGAAAUUCGUGGAUGUUUGGUGAUUUGCUGUAAUAUUCUGAUUCCAAGAUCCUGUAGGUACUUGUGAAUGUAAAGAUAAAGCGGGCCCGCCAGUGCAGCAGUGGAUGGAUAUCAAACUUCUGUACACCACCAAUUGGAGGUAGCAGAGCCUGUUCUCCAUGGAUGAGGGUUUCUGGUGAAGCUCACUUCCAACCCUCGCCUUCGGCCUGGUCAACAUUUACCACCUGGCAACUCUGGCAAGAUGCAAGCCAAAAGCUUCCACUGAAACUUACCAGCCUACCAGCACGAACCAUGAAUUCCGGCUGGCUGGCAUGGGAAUGCAUAGUGUUCGGGGUGUUCAUAGCGGCCACCUCCUGCGUGCCUCUCUGGCAACGGCGGAGGGACGCGAGCGAAGCCGGGGGCAGCGCCAAGCGAGCGUACAUAUUCGCCGGCGGUGGCGUGUCAGUGAUCGCUAUGAUAUUGUCCGUGGCUAGAGGGACGCUUGGAGUCAGAUCCUUUCUUGGAUUCCCGUCGGAGCUGGUGUACCGAGGGUCGGCGAUGUGGGAGACGCUGUACGGCAUCAUCUUGGCCUUCCCAUUGGUCUGCUUCAUCUUCGUGCCGGUCUACUAUCGGCUGCACACCAACUCCGUUUACGAGUAUCUUCAGAUGCGUUUCAACUGCUCCUGGGUGCGUCGCCUAGCCGCCGCCACCUUCCUCAUCAGACAGCUCCUCAACCUGGCAGUCACGGUCUACACGCCGACCGUGGCUCUCCACGCGGUCCUGGCACUGCCGCACUGGGCUUCAGCCGCUGUGCUUACAGCUGUGGCUAUCGUCUUCAACCUGCUUGGCGGGCUGGCUGCUGCUAUCAGGGCUGACGUGAUCCAGACGAUGACGAUGGUGAUCGUGAGCGGCGCCUUCAUCGUGCAGGCCACCGUCAAGGCGGGCGGGCCGGGGAAGGUGGUCAGCGACAAUAUUGACGGCGGGAGGCUGCAGUUUUUCAAGUUUACAGGUGACCCAACAGUCCGCGUGGACACCCUGUCCGCAAUCUUCGGCCAGCUCUUCAUGUCGGUGUCCAUCUACGGCUGCCAGCAGACCUUCGUGCAGCGCUACUGCUCCAUGUCCAGCGAAGCCAGGGUUAGGAGGACUCUGUUGGCUAACGUCCCAGCUGUGGGCAUACUAUUCAGUCUAUCCUGGGUGGUGGGCAUGGCGUUAUAUGCGGUAUACAAGAACUGCGACCCUCUGAUGUCUGGGAGAAUUGCUGCACCCGAUGAAGUCCUGGCUUAUUAUGUGGAAGACCAAUUCGCGUUCUUGCCUGGGAUGCUGGGACUGUUCCUGGGCAGUCUCUUCAAUGGGGCUUUGAGCUUCCUGGUAUCAAACGUGAACUCCUUGGCUACUGUGACGUGGGAGGACUUCGUAUCGGCCGCGCCACCCUUCAAGGGAAUAGCCGACAAGCAGCAGCUAACGGUCAUCAAAAUCAUUGGCGUCAUUUAUUCUAUAACCAUAAUGUGCCUGUCGCUUUGCGUCGGCGUAGUCGGCGGAGUAGUAGAAGGCUCACUUCUAGUAACUUCUGCCACUUCUGGAGCCCUACUUGGGGUCUUCGUACUAGCUGCAUUAUGUCCUGUCGCGAAUGGCAAGGGAGCUUUAUGGGGAAUGGUGGCUUCACAUGUCAUAACUACAUGGAUGGCGGCGGGAAGGCUACUGUAUGUGGAUAAAGCUGUUGCUAUGCUGCCUUUAUCUGUUGAGAGCUGCCCAAACAGCACAGCAAGCGUGUUCAACGUGAAGCCGCUACCCGUUGGAGUCAAUGAAACACUCAUGCACAUCGCGCCUCUACUGCGGGCCUUGAACACCAGCCGCUCCCACGUUCACACAGAGUCUAUGAUCAACAGCAGCCUCCACGCCAUGUACUCUGUCUCCUACAUGUGGUACGCCGUCAUCGGCACCGUCACGUGUGUCGUCAUCGGCGUCAUUAUCGGCGUCAUCACCGCCAGCGAUGAUGACGCGUACGACGAGCGACUCCUCCACCCUAUGGUUGCCAGACUAGCCAGGAAGUUUCCAGGGAAACCCAGGAAAUUUACUAAUACUAGUGAAAAAGUAGAGAAGAUUCCAGAAGAGAAAGAAACGUCUGAGAAAACCGAUGAGACGAUAGCUGAAGAAGUGAAGCCGACGGUGUUUUCGACUAAUGCAAGUAGACUUUUCGAUGUGUAUGAGACGAGGCGGUCGCCGUCGCCGUUUCCAGAAAGGACAAGAUUGUAGUUAGUUUUACUGUUGAAUAGUUAGUAUGAAAUGUGACGUCCACUUGGGUAACGUUAAAACUUAUAACUUAACUUAUUCCUUAAAAGGAAUUUAUUAAAAUAUGCCAUAAUCUUGGUAUUACAAAAAAAACAUACAUACAG